AUGAUAGUCCUGCUUUCGACCCAAGUCUCCUUCUUCGUCGCCUUCGCCACGGCCGACAACGCCUGCUGGGCCGAAUUCUUCAAACUGCACGGAUGCAGCGGUCGAUCAAGCGAUCCGAUCGGAGACUGCGAUGGCAUGCAUUGCACCGACAACGCCAAGAGCGACGUGUUUGUCUGUGACUCCGGUCACGUCAUGUUCAAGUACGAGGUUGGCCCAUCGCCUCGGGGACCUCCUGUGCCGCUGGAGGUGCAUACGCCGGUUUUCAAGAAUGAUCAGGAUACGUUCAACCAGACGGAUCAUGGGUGUACGUUUACGGAGCAUGGGACUAGAUGCUAG